AUGAACCUAGAUAAGAUUACAGAAAGAGAAAAAACUGAAAAUAAAGAUAUUAUCACGCAAGAAACAUUACUGGCUAAUGGAAGUACAACAAAUAUGACUAAUUAUUCUGUUCAGCCUAUUAUUAACAAUUCAGAAGAUAUUGGACAUAAAAAAUCUAUUACUUCUUUAAGCUCAGAAACUUCAACAAUAACGUUUGAAAAACAGAAAGUGACUCCAAAAACUGCUUUACCUCAUAGUUUAUUAAGCUCAAGCUUUAUGGCACGAGACAGACUAAAUCAAAAAAAUAUAUCAGCUAAUACUAAUAUUAACAGUCACUUUAAUAACGCUAUAUCCAAUGAAAGUCAACAGGAUACUAAUAAAAUAUACCCCACAUCUUCCUAUUCUGAGUCAUUAGAAGCAUCACAGCAAUCUCGUACACCUGUAGUACAAUCAUUUAAAAAAAAUAAUAGCCUUCAAAGUGAAUCUGCUAAUCUCUCAAACUCAAUAAAUCUAACAAAACCUGAAAAUUCUAAAUUUACUGAUGGCAACAACCUUCCAAAAGAACAAGCCAACUUGAAUGCCAGCGUUCACGAGAUUAACUCCAAAUCUGAAUCAGAAAUUCUACCAAAUUCAUCCAACAGUUAUUAUGGCAGAGCUCAUAGAAAUAACGAUGAAUUAGAUGACGAAACAGGCGAAAAAAUAACUCAACAAAAAGAGCUAACUGCACAAGCUUUAAAAAGAUUGUCUAUAUUUAAAGGUAAUAACAUUACUGGCGCCUUUGCAGAUAUGACAACAAAGAAUAGUAAAAGUACCAAAUCAAACACAAGCCUAAAUUCCAUACACUCUAACAAUGAUUCAACGCACUAUACGAGCCCCCUAAAAUUAGACAAGAAAAGUUCCAAUCAUAAUCUACGACAGCAGCAAUCAAUACAGCAACACCAGAUCUUCAGGCAAUCACAAUUAGUGCAGCAACCACAGCGUCAGUCAUUACAACAAAUGCAACAACAGACUACAAGUUUUAAAAGGCCUAUAAAUGCAACAUCUAAUGCCAGUGAUUCAUCACCACUGAGAAAUAAUAAUCCAAGAAAGAACAUUUUUAAGACAAAUUUUCCAGAAAAUGGUAUUGGACUUGAAAAUUCACCAACUAUGAUGUCAAUAUCUCACACAUCCACUACGCGACCUCAGUUGGAUAAAUUGACAGUAAGAGGUCCAUCUUUAAGAAUAGGUUCAAGCAAUUCUUACUCUCAUUCUCCUCUAACCAUGAAUCGUCAUGGAAGUGGGGGUCCUGAUGAUUACAAUAUGGGAACACCAAGAAAUACAUUUUUAAAAGCUCAGCAAAAAAAGAAAUCAACUAGACAAAUCAAUAAUCCAAAAAAACCACUCUAUAUACCAGCUGUUUUACGUGACAUAUCUGAAACUAAUUUAACUAACGAAGAUUUAAAAAAUCCACCGAAAUUAGAAACUGCACUUUCAAAUAUAAGUGAUAAUAGUCCGAUUCAUGCAUCGUCUAUGCAGGAUAAUCAAUCAUCUAGGGCAAGUAUUCACUCCACAAAUUCGUUUGUAAAAGAUACACUACAAAAAUUUAUGCCUUCAUUUUUUUCCAGCUAUAAUGAAGGCUCUGAUACUGAUUCUACUAUAACGUCCUUUGAGACAAUUAAAGGUAAUAAAUCUCAAAUAAUGAUACCAAAGAGAAGCCAUUGGUUGCCUGAUCAAAAAAGGGAUGGCUGCCAUUAUUGCAACAAACAAUUUACUUUUUGGGAGCGCAAACACCAUUGCCGUCAUUGCGGGGACAUCUUUUGCCAACAACACUUAUGCCAUUGGCUAUAUCUGGAUGAGGAUGCACAAUUUAUUAUUGGAGGUGGCGGCAUAGGCUCGCUGUGCAAAGUCUGUGAUAAUUGUCUGGAAAUUUACGAAAAAUUGGUAAUAGAAAGAUCUACCUUUACAACGAACGCUCGAUCCAGGAAUACUUUGGGGGGGAGCUCGUCAAUAAUUAAUAAAAUAAAACAAAGUAAUCAAGAAUCGGUAGUUUCAAAUAAUACUGUGACUCAACAAGGAAUUCCUAAUAAGAAAAUAUCAAGAGCUAUUGAUAGUAGUUAUCAAGGAAUUGAUUCACAAUUAAGCGAUGGAACAGGUGCCGAUACCAAUGAAGAUAGAACCGCACUUGGGAGUGUAGUAGGAUCUGUUCCUGCGAACUGGAAUUGGAGCAGUUUUUAA